CUUGCCUCCUUCUUCCUUCCCUACUUCCUCGUUUUCUCGCAUCAACGAGAAUGAAGCGCUCCUCUCCCUUCUUCAAUGACAUCACUCUCUGACUCUGUAAGUUGGAACUCGCCGAGGAAUUUGAAAAUCCCAUCUCCGGCGACUCUUCUUUCCUCCUCUUAGUUUUCUCAACGAAAGAAUAUAAUUCAAUUUAGAUAUAGUUGCAUAUACUGCGUAAUUUGGCCGAUGAGGUUCUUAGAAUUCGUUUUCUGGUGUGGGUACCCCACCCAACGUUCCGAAGCUCAGACUGCAACCUCCUCGCAGCCUUUCGCAGAGGAUGAGGGGUCGUUAGUGCCUCUGUCUGCCGGGACGCGCCACCGUAAGAAACGCGGAAGGUUGAUAACGGCAACAGCCGCAACGGAAUGGAGGCCAUCGCUGGGAUCUAUUUCGGAGGACAAUAUGGUGCAGCAGAGGGAGAGAAGCAACGCGCGGAACCGCAAGGUGGAACCGGAAAGGGAGGUUAAGAGGAGGAACGCCGACGGUUCUGGUGCCGCUUCCAAGGCCCGCCACCGUAAUUACGGCGACGAUCACAAGCGAGUUGCUGUUGCGACGGUGAUGCCAGCGUUUUCUCCGACGCCGUUCAUGUUCUGAGAGUCAAAUUUGGACAUUAUAUAUAUAUAUAUAUAUAUUUAUAUAUAAAGGAAAGCAAAAAAUGUAUAUAUAACAACACAAUAUUUUGUUGUUGGAUUAGGAGAGAGUAUAGAUAAAUAAAUGAUGCAUAGCUUUCAGUGUGGUGGCUUAAUUAUUAUUGUGAGAUAGAGACCAUGAGCUUCUAUCAUUCAUUAUUGUUGCUCUUUCCUUUGUAAAUGAAUAAUUGAUGAUGAAGCCCCUUUAAUUUCUU